AGUGCUUUUUUAGGCCAACCAAGCCGGGCUGCCCGGGUCAAGUGACACUCAUGAAUGAUGGGAGUAAGGCUGUUGAUUCUACCAUUGAUGUUUCUUUCGAUUUGCUUUUCUAUAAUGUCCAAUGCCUUCAAAAUAAGGUGAAUGAGUUGGAAUUGAUUGUCAGCACGAGCAGGAGGUACAAAAUACUGUGUUUGUCUGAACACUGGAUGUGCCCUGAGGAGCUUAAACUUUUGAACAUCUCUAACUAUAAGUUAGCUGCUUUCUAUAGUCGAAAGCAUUGUCCUGUAUGGCCUCACGCUUUGGGGUGGAGCCACAGAUGUUUCACGAGUGUUACUCAUUCAGAAGAGGGCCCUGAGGAUCCUUUGUGGUGCUGAGCGUCUUGCCCAUUGUCGUCCCCUCUUUGUGAGAGAGAGAAUCCUCACAGUCUUCUCCCUCUAUGUACUUCAGACCCUCUGCAGAACACAUGCAAAUGUGGGGGAGCUUGUAACAAGGCAGAAUUUUCACUCACAUGAGACUAGAGGGAGACAGAGGCUGGACGAGCCCUACCAAAGACUGAGUAGGACACGAUCGAGCUAUGGCCAUCUAUCUGUCAGGCUCUUCAACAAGCUGCCGGUGAUGGCUAGGAAUCUGCCUGCCGGCAAAUUUCGGAGGGUCCUGAGAGACUUAUUGUUGGAUAAUCCUUUGUACUCA